UUUAUUAUGUAUAUUGUAUGUACAUAAAAUAGUAAUAUUUUAAUUGUUUUGUUUAUAUUUUAUUUUUAUUGUAAUGUUUUAUACACAAAUAUCUUUAAAUCAAUACUUGGUAUAUGCGAUAAUUCUCCGAUUUUUUAUUACACUUGAUUGUGUCGUUUGUUUGGAUUAAUUUUCAUCACAAGUAUAUAAAAAUUAUUAAAUAAUUCUUAAAUAUAUUUUAAAUCUUUUUUAACAUCUUUAAAAAGUAUUUGUAAGUAUUUGUAUUAAAAAAAAAUUAUAUAAAUGUUUAUAUUUUUAUAUAAAUGUUCUAACUAAUUACAGUACGCCUAAUAUUAAAAAGAACGAAACAUGUGCAGGAUACGAAUGUCUCAACCGAAUAUUCUAGAAUUGAGAUUAAUGUCUCAAAUUUAUCGUUUAUAACGGUCACGAAUUUCCGGAAGGUUAGUUAGCAGAUGAUUCAAACACUAUUGGUUCAGAUAAUUUGAAAACUGUUGAAUUGGAAAAGUCUUUGAGCAGAGAAGUCUGAGGGAGAGGGAAAUGUAGGAAGGGGAAGAGUAUUAGUGAAACUUAGAACUAAGAAGGUUCUCGGCAAAUUGGAAAUCCAAGGGCCAAGAUAGGAUUCGGAAUAGGAAGAAGGUUCUCGAAAAAAACAACGUAUUAGGCACAUGUUCAUAAAAAUAGCGGCAAUUUAUUAAUUUCUUAUAUUAGAAGAGAAGUUGUAAAAUUAAAUCACUGUAUUAAUGAAGAUGUGUGUGAAAAUCAAAUUCAUGUAAAAAGUAUAGAUAUCAAUGGCGAUAUUGCAUCUUUAACAAGAAAUUUAGAAAAAAAGGGUAGGAGAAAAAGAGGUAAAUUUUAUCUCAAUUUUUUAUUUUAACUCUUAGAACUGUUCUAUAAUAGCAUAAAUGGUAAUUGCAAAUGGCGUUAGUCUGUUGUAAGUUUACUUCUAUCAAUAUUAAUUAACUUUAUUAAUUAACUUUAAUUUCAGUGUAAUUUUCUAUUUAUCUUUUCUCUGUUUUAAAAAUGAAAAAAAUCGAGAUUAAAGUUAAUUUACGUUUAUGAGAAAUGGACAUAUAACUAAAUCUUGCAAUAUUUUACAACCAAUUAUAACUAUAGUUAUAGAUAUGUAUACAUUUACACUAUUAUAGAAUGGCCUUAAUGUACAUAAGAGUCACACGGGCACAAACAGGACUCACUAGCUCCAGAAGCAGCUUAAAUAAAAUUUGUCAGUUUAACAUUUAUGAGAUUUAUUUUGUUUAAUUUGUUAAAUUUUUGUUAUUAGAAAUAAAAAUUAAAUUUCUUUAAAUGCACAAGAGAAACUGCUUCUGGAUUUAGCAGAUUCUACUUGCCCAGAUAAGGAUUAAUAAAGUUAAUUUAUAUGUAAUGUAAUUACAGAAAUAUUUAAUAGUAAUUUGAAUAAAUAAUUGUCUUUCCUCAACUUGCUUGUCGUUGAAAAACAGUGACUCCGAGUUGGCUAAAAGAAAUAUGUCUUUAAAAGCGUCUAUUUCAUUGGUUUCAAAAUGUAUUAUAGUUAUCUAUGACAUUUAAAGAAUGUACACAUGUUUCAAAAUAUAAUAAGUGUAUCAGCUACGACAUUGGUUGAAUCUUAAUCACGUUAUAUUUUCCUUAUCAGACUGUCAAUAGAGUUCAGUUUCCUAUCUGCUCAGUUUUCAUUAGCGCCUAACCUGUUUUGUUAAAUAAAUCUAAUUAAUAUUUGCUUGAAAUAAGUAUCGCAAAGCUGGAAUCUCGAAGCUAUAUAAAUAAUGAAGCAGUGGAUACGGAUAAUUGUUUUUUCUGGAAAAAGACACGAACAAUAAAAGAGACAUAUAUUUUUAUCAUUUUUAAUUUGCGUAACAAAAAUGGAUAUUGUAAGGAGACUGAUAAUUUUGUGUGUAUUAAUAGCUAUUCUGCCAUUUGUACUUAUAAUAGCUCCUCUAUAUCUACGACAUAAAUUUUAUGCUGAUGUAGCAUAUGCUGUCACAGACUCUGAUAUUAUAGAAAUCAACGAUGGGAUUUCAACAAUAUUUUGUUCGGAACAUACUUUAAAGAUGAAUGGCACUUUUAAUGCUUUCCAAAUGUCUCAUCGACCAGAAAUAACAUCAAAACGAAAACAUAUAAGGCUUAAAAAGAGCAUGAAUUUACCAGAUGAUACAUUUGAAUAUUGGGGAUUUUAUUUAUUGAAAAAUGCGACUGUAGCACUUUCUGUAUGUUCGAGAUUUGAGGGAGCUUCUAUAUUUGUGGUAAAAGGAGAUAAGAACCUACGCACUUGUGACCUACUAGAACAUAAUAUUAAUAAACAAAUGCAAGAUAUUUUUGCACCAGAUGCAAAUAGACAAGUUAAAAUAACAUAUCAAUCAAAUGCACAAGAAAUUGAUUCUGAGGAAACAACUACGAUCGAACCUAUUACAACUGUGCACAAUAUCGACAAGAUGGAUGAAUUAGUCAUGCAGACUACGGAUGAAAAAUCAAUGAAAAGUUUAGAAACGUUGUAUCACACUGCAACAUCUUAUAUUUCUAAAUAUAUAGAUGGUCUUCAAGAAAAUGUAAAUAAUACUAGAAAAGGAAGAAAUAUUAAACGCCGCAAGAUGAAGAAGAAUAAAAAUGAAAGAAUGAAACAAAGAAAGAAAAGCGUUUACAAUUAUGAUAAAAAAAUGCAUUUAGAAAAAUUAAAACAAACAUUGCAUUCUGAUAGAAUCAAAGAGAGAAAGAAACAGAAAACAAAUGAAAAAGAAAUUUAUAGCAUAGACGAGAUAGAGAUUUAUACCAAGAGAUUUAAAAGAAGUAGAGAAUUCAUAAUGUCACCAUCUUUAUUAGAUCAAGGUAUCAGGCAUGGUGGAAAUGCCGAUAAAAAUUACACAUCCGAUUCUAGCGAAAUGUCAUCCAUUUCUAGUUUUGAAAAUAGUUUACUAAAUUGCUACAAUGGAGACAUACUAUUAGCUCAUGAAUUUAAACCUUCGACUCAGUGUACUAAUAUUUCCUAUCUACUCAAUGGUAAACAUAUACAGGCAAAUCACCAUGUAGAACAAGAUGGUUACUAUUAUUACAUUUUUUAUAGCGAUAACGAUAUUGUAUCCAAUGAUAUUUACACCAUUUUCGAUAUAUAUAAGCCAACUUUUCAAUAUGAAAAUGUGACUAAAUCAUGUAUCAAUCAAACUGAAUGCUCAUUUCAUAUAAAACCGCUGUCAGCGGAUAGAGUAAUUGUUGAAAUACCAACUAAGGACGGUAUAGAUCAUAACGAAAUGGACGACGUUGACAUGUUAAUUUCUAUCUGUCAGCCACGAAUGGGUGCGUAUAUGAUUUUCCCAAUUGCAACAUUGCUUUUAAUUCUUGGUUGUGCUUUUAUAUAAAUAGAUCGACUACCUAAAAGUACUUGCAGACAUAAGUAACAUUAUGAAAUUAUUAUUUAAAAAAUGACAGUACAAAUUCUUUUAAUAGAAAUUCAUAUUUAUGAAGAUAUGAAUUGAUUCAAUAUGUAACAGAUUGAAAAAAUUAUGCUUUUGAUGAGAUAUAACGAAUAAUUAAGAUGUACCAAUUUGAAAAAUGUAAUUUCAUUACUUAUUUUCUUAAUGUGCUUUUAUUUAUAAUUACUUUGAUCAUUGUAGUUAUAAAUAUAUAUGUAGAUAGAACUAUAAGUUCAGUAUAAUAUGCAUGUACAUAAUCUUCCAAAAUAUCAAAUAUUCUUUUCUCCACAGAUUUAUUGAUCCGUUCACGAAAUCGGUUUUGUUUUUUUAAUUAAGUUAAUUAUGUUUAUAGCUUUCGAAUAGUUAAAAAUAAUUAAGGUCUAUUAAAAAAGAAAAUUGGUAAUAAAAUUACAUUUUUCAAGUAAUUUCAAGCUAUUGUUUCUAUAUUAAUAUUUUUUUACCUACAAUUUUGUUUAUAAAGGUUAAUUAAUUUUAUUAAAAAAGUAAUUUUCAAAUAGAACAAAAAAACUAAACGUGAUUAUAAAAUUGAAUGUAUUCUUGACAGUUCUGGGACAUUUGUCUGGAACAUUUUGGAAUGUUCUAUGAUACAAAUGUGUAUUCAAAACCUAAAUUAUAUAAGGGCAGCUAAAUAAAAUUUAUAAAACUAUUUUAAACUAUGUACAACAUACAAUCUAAUUUAUAAAUAUGAUGCAAAUAAACGUUUAUAUUGUUAGUCACAUGUAUGUACAUACAUGAACAUUAAUUGUAAGAUAAUAAAAUAUAUAUUUUUCAACGAC